UCUGGGCUUGAAAGUAUCCGGAACGAAUCUGCUGUUUCCAAGCGGCAGCACUAAAAGCAUCUACACCUCCAUAGGCAGAUACAUCCCAAAAAAUGUGAUCGCUACCAGGUUGCAGAUCUACAAAGACAAUGCUUUUGUGGCCUUGCCACGGUACCGACAAGGAGUGCCGUACACAGUGGCCAGAUUUAACUUGAGUAGCGGCUGUUCCAAGGCUCGUCUGGAGCCGUAUCCCAGCUGGAGCAUUCAGGAGGAAGGAAACUGCGAGGGUCAAAGCGGUAAACUUGAAGCUUUUUGUAACUGCGGAAAGCAGACUGCAGUAUUUGCAAGUGGAUUACAACAGUAGCGGUACACCAUUCCUGUAUGUUUCCGACGCUGGUACUGGAGCGCUGAUAGUCAUCAAUGUUAUCACUGGAUCAGGGUACCGGCUAUUGCUUCCGUCAGUCGUGGUUCCUCCCGAUGGAGCGAAAGACAUCCUCUAUCUGCAACUUGCGCGCAAUUCAUCGGAAAAUACUUUAUACUUCACCUACUUGGGUUCGCCCAGAUUGUUCUCCAUCAAGUCCGUCUAUCUGCAGCACGAUUCUCCCACGGGAGCCAUUCUGGAUGUGGGAACCAAACCUGCUGGCGCUCAAAUGGUUCUGCUGGGCACCGAUAAUGGACUGGCGAUAUUUUUCAGGUACAAAGGGGAGUCGGACAUUUAUGUCUGGCACUCAGACACGGGAUUCAAGAAGGAAAAUUUCGCGCUGGUGCAAAGUGGCGGAGACUGCAGGAUGGCCACUCAAGUGGUUCCAGGCCAACAGCACAUGUGGGCUAUUGAGAGCAAUUUCCGGGAUUUUAUCACCAAUUCAACUGGAUGUUUGGGUGCCAGUGUGCAUGUCUAUCCAUUGGGCAGGAGUAGUGAUUAAAUUAUAUAGUUUUUU